AUGCAACUCACUACCCUGACUGCCUUCCUCGCUGCGGCCACUGUUGCUCUGGCCAACCCAGCACCCACUUGCGGUACUUGCAACCCCGUCUCUGGCCAGAACAGCUGUGACGUUACUACUUCGUGUAUCAACACGGGCUCUGCCUUCCACUGUGCUUGCCGUGCCGGUUACAAGGCCUCCCAGAACAACAACAAUAUUCAUUCUCAGUUCCGUCUCAACAUGCCCAACUACGAGUUCCUAGUCUUCGUUCCCGAGAACACCGUUUGCGAUACUCUGUGCGAUAACCCAUACGCUGCGCCUUCGGAUCUGUGCAAGGAAGUGAAGAAGUGGAACUCGUGCGCUGUCUAA